CCACUUGCACUCCCUUGUUUUCCAAUCUGCAAAGUGAGGUUUAUGAUACAUAUGCACAGUUAUAAAAUGCUUUGGGAUCUCUGUAUACCAUCACUAGAUAAAUAUUAAGUAUAUUCCAUCUUCAUGACAACAUUACUAGAUAACUGUGCCACUCAAAACCUGUUUUUUUCAUGAGAGUUGACUUCACCAUUUAUUUGGUAGUUUUAUACCUUGAACACACUCUGCACAGUUCACAUUUGUAACGUGCGAGGAUUUUAUUUUUGAAACAUCCCAAACUCCUAAAGUUGGACACCCUGUACUCUGUGCUAGCACUUUUUACAGUUGCUUCAUUCUAGACCAAUAAGAACCUUAGGAAGCUGUGGGAGGAGAGAGAUAAUGAAUUUUAGCUUGUUGCCUAAGGGUAGAGUGAUCUUUUUCGCUGUGUAAAGGAAAUACAGUGAAGAUUUUUAUUUGCUGUCUUUUUUUUCCGCGCUGUGGUUUAAAAUAAGAGAGAAAAAUGAAGGUGUACAAAAUUAUACUUCCUCUUCUACUACUGCUCUCAGGGUUUAAUGAUAAAUCUAAGAAUGUGCAUAUCAAAGUUUCUGCACAGACAACAGAUGCAGCGAACGAGACAGAACAGAAUGCCACAGGAACAUCAACUAGACCAAAGAAGAUCAUAGAGACAACCACGAAGCAUACACUGCCCACACAGUCGAGCACAUUAUCAAAGUACAGCCCAUCUUCAAUUCCUAAAGAACCAGAGGUCUCAAAAAAUCACACUGAAUCCAGGCAUGUGAACACAAUCGCUGAAACUACACGAGUACCCAAGACGACUAGCAGACAUGACAUCAGGAUGACCACGGAAACUCUAGGACCCAUCAGGACGGACGCCCCCAACAGGACGGACGCCCCCAACAGGACGGACGCCCCCAACAGGACGGACACACCCACUGCAGAACCCCCGGAGGCAAGACAACACUCUAAGCUAGUGACGAUACUCAUCAUUGUCUUUGUAAUCCUUCUUCUUGCUCUCACAUUCUGUCUUUGUUACAUCCGGAUGAAGCUAAAGAAAGAUCAAUUUAACCUCAAAAGAGGAGAUACAAGCGGAGACGAUUCAAGCAUUCCAUUAAAAACUAUUGAAAUGCCAGCCUCAAAAUCAGAUGGAGAAAUGAAAUGAAAUUCCUCUCAGUUCAGAGCAAUUUAACAGCUCCUACAAAAAGAAUGAAUAUGACUGAAUCUUCCGGGAAAUCUGCUUAAUUAGAGAAAAUGGCAUACUCAGUUGUGUAAACUCCUUUAACAGGACAUUUUGUGAAUCAACAAAGCUAGACACAAUAAUUAACAGAGGUUAAUUGUUGCUGGCUACUAUUAAUCUUCCCUUAUUCAUUUCCUUCUGUUCCUACUCCACUGUGACCUUGUUAAAAAGCCAAGUUCCCUAAUAUAGGGAUGUCUUCAAAAGGAAAUUGCUGUGUUGUAGCUUGACUGAGAGUUUACAGCCCACUAGUUACUCUGUACAAAAUCCCCACAUGAACACCGUACAUCUUCACAAUGCAGGAAGCUACCUUGCACAUAAACCACAGUAGGUUCACAUGAAGAGGUAAAGCAGAAUCACUAGUACUUUGUAAAUUCAUAUCCUAGCUUACUGUGCCAAGAAGCAGGGUAAUUUAGUUUCUGAGGCACUUCAUAUUAUCACAACUAGAUGCAUCUGGGACCUGAGUUAUCUCUGCAUCUGUCCUACACUGCAGUCCACAAUGUAUAUGUACCCAAAUAGCAUCCAUGUGUAGGCACAUCAACCAUUUUCCAACAGCUGAACCACAACAUUGAAGCAGAAGCUGGAAUCAAUAUGGACUUGUAUCAUUGUCCACAGGACUGGUGGAGGCACAGUGUCUCUCCAGGUCCCCAGCAUGCAAGGCUAUUAUGUCUCUUCCUUUUCUUUGUCCCUCUCCCCUUCCUUUGAGGUGGCUUGCAGCUCUGAACAUAACCAAAAGAAAGGUGUUAUAGAUGAUGCAGCACUUGUGCUAUCCUGAGUGUAGAGAUUAGGAUAGUCCCACUUCUACAGGGCACAUCUAGAUAGGCCCCUAUGGCUCCAUUGUUGCUGCGCCAUUAUUUAGUACUUCCUUCUGGAAGUACUAAAUGACAGUGCAGUAACAGCCUGUACUAUGCCGUGGUGUAGUGUAGAGAUUAGGAUAUUCCCACUUCUACAGGGCACAUCUAGAUAGGCCCCUAUGGCGCCAUUGUUGCUGCGCCAUUAUUUAGUACUUCCUUCUGGAAGUACUAAAUGACAGUGCAGUAACAGCCUGUACUGCACCGUGCUGUUGUGCACAGUUAUUUUUAGCCACUACGUCACUGUAGGAAUGCAUUAUAGUACGGGAGCGCAUUGCUACAGUGACAGAGCUUCAGUGUAACAGUUUGAGCCUGCUAACACUAGGUUGCUGUAGCACAGUACUACGGUGAUGUAGUGUCGUGUGUAGAUGCACCCACAGACAUUCAGGAAGGAUAGAGGGGAGGUUAGAUUGUGUUAAGAAUGGCCCCCUCAUCUAACUUAGUUUGCUCAGGUGUGGACCUUACACCUAGAGCUCUAGUUAAGCUGAUCUAAGUGAAAACUGUACACAAUUCAGAAAGUUUAGAUUAGUCUAAAAAUAGCCGACCCAAUCUAAAUUAACUGUAACCUGGAGGUAGUCCAACUUAGAUAGGGUCUGGCGAAACCAAUUUCACUGAAUUUCUGUACAAUUCUCACAGCAGUGCCAGGACUGGGAAAACCCAGCCACUAGCCCCAGUCUGGAGGCUCCACUUUUCCUACCCGCCCUGCUGGCACUGGCCUAUUUUUUGGGCCCCAGCCUCUCACUCCAUCCCUAGAUGAAUAGCCCUCCUUGUGGACCAACCAGCCUCACUGAGCCUGCCAAAUUCCUCAUCCUGCAAGUUGCUCCCAGUGCUGGUUUUACUGGCAUUAGCUGGUGCUAGGAGUCAAGGAAUUAUGUUGGGGUGGGGGAAGUGGAGAGUGAGAUGCUGGGGGGUUCAUCUGGGGAUGAAAAAUAGCCCCUGGUCCCAGGAAGGAAAGAGCCCCCCAUCUCCUCAAGCCCUCCCCCCAGACCCUACUGGUCCCUCUGAUCCCACCAAAACCCUCCCAGAGUCUACCCCCGCCCCCCUAGGGACCUAUUUUGCCCCUCAGAUGUUAAGUCCCCCAUGGUGAACUAUGUUAGCCCCCCUGACCCUCCUCCACAGACCCCGCUUGCCCCUCCAAGUUUCCCAGAUCCUCCCAUAGACCCUGCUAGCCCCACACUGAACGCUUCUGAUCCCCUGAUUCCUCAAGCCCAUCCACUAGCCCCCCAUCCCAACUUAUCUUAGAUCGGGUGACCAUUUUUUACUUGAUCUAACCUCCCUGAAUAUUUGUUUGUACCCUCAGUGAAGUCCAAAAGAGGUGCAAGUAUAACUUUAUGUGAAUCUUGCUCCCAUCAAUGUACCCACACAAAAGCCUGGAACAAGUUAAUCCCAAUAUUUUUAUAUAUAGCUUGUCUUCUACUCAAUGAACUAAAGAAAAGGGAAGUUCUGAAUAAGAUAUUUUUAUACAUAAAUAUUACACUGCUUCUGGUUUCCCUGAGUCUCAGCUCCCCAUCUCUAAAACAGGAAUAAUAGCAUUUCCCUAUCACACAGAGGUGUUAUGUGAUACGGAACUCAGAUGCUUGAGUAAUAGCAGCCACUGAAGUACCUAGAAGAGGCAAAUCACAAAGAAGCAAAAUUUGAAAUAAGACUGACAACUGACCAAUUUUGUACUGUUUCGGAAAGUGCCAUUGUAUCUUCCUACUAUAUAUUAUGAAUUUGUGUGAUAUCAGAUUGUAAUUAAUACUCAGCAUUCUAUAGCGAUGAAAAAAUGAAAUCAUUUCACUUUCUUACAUCAAGGGAAGGGAGGAAAAGGCCCAGAACUGUACUACUGAAGUGAAAGGGGUACUUGCUGUUGACAACAUAGGAACAAACUCCCACUCAGAACACAGACAGACAAUAGCAGGUCCAGGAACUGGGUGAGUGGCACAAGUCCUGCCUACCCUCCUCUCCCCACCCUGUAACUUUGUCUGUGGAACGCAUGUGCACUGAGCUCUGAGCAAUCUGUCUGGCUACUGCCGGCUCCUGCAUGAGCAGUGAGCUCUGACCUCACCAGGUCCUUGGGGUGGAGUCUGGCCAGAGCCCUGCUUUCAAGUGGUUCUAAAAUCCUGGGGGUGAAUACCACUACUGAUUACCUUUCUUCCCCUCCCUGCUGAAUUCAGCAGCUGGGGAAAAGGCAAGUGGUAACUGCAACAUUCACCCAAUGGGCUCUGGCCAAACGCCACGCUUAGAGAUUGCAUGUAGUACAGCCAAAGGGAAGGGAUGUGACCGUGCCACAAUGCCCCAUGUGGAUCCACCCUUGGAGAAGGCUGAUUGGAAAUGUUCCCCACUUUCUUCCAGGUGCUUAAUAAAUGACUGAUGUUUUUUCUUAUUUGUACAUACUCUAAGUUAUGGAUAAGAUAAUUACAACAAUUAUGUUUUGCUAAGAAUUGCAGUUAUAGCUCUCUUUCCUCAGAAGAAUAAUAAAAUCUAAACUCUUGAAGAAUCACCCAUCACCUGUUUGAUACAUGGUAGAUAUAUUCUGCAGAUUUUACUUUGGUUAAAUAAAUAUCUUUGUCAAGUUGGAUUAAGUGAACAUUAAGCAUGUGUUUAAGUGUCUUUACGAGAUUAGUGCUAUACAGGGUAACAAAUGGUGCUAGCUGAAUGCUGCAGAAAUGGCCUUCACAAAUAUUUGUUUAUUCUCAGCCAGCAGUUCAGGUCAUCCAUGUUUAAAUCCUAUUUUAUUUGAUCUUUGCAAAUAUUUGUGUAACUGGCACUUUUUACAAAUGUUUGUGUAGUGGCUGUACUUCGUGUGACCUUUUAUGAGACGUUGUGUACUAUCAGAGUACUUGCUGUUCAUUAUUUGGCCCUUAUCAUUUGUUAUCAGACUGCUUUAAAUGCUUUUCACCCAUUCAGCAACCCACAAAAAAAUUCUGAUGUAGGUGACCGAUCCCAAACCAUGAAUAUUGAACGUCAGAUAGCAGAAUGACUCACAAACUGAGAAUUAUUUGUCUAUGCUCAUCUAAUUUGUCUAUGCUUCUAAUUUGUCUGUGCUCAUCUUGUGCAUGUUCAUCUUCUAAUAUAGCAAGAUCAAGUAGCUUAAGUUGCAGCAAAGUCUAUUUUGGUUGUAAAUUUGGAAAAAAAAGUUUUGAAUAUAUAAAGAGAGUAAAGCACUGAAGUAGGAUAUUUAGAAAAACAUGGAACCCUGUUUAUUAAGAAUUUUAAGAUCAAUUAAGAUAAGUUUCUUUGAGGCAUUGUCCAGAUAUACAUAGUCCUGCCUGAAAGCAAGAGGAUAGACUAGAUGACCUGUUGAGGUCCCUUAGCCUCACAAUUCUAUGAGCUCUGUGAAAAACAUUAGCAGGAAACUAGAUCUGUUUAGGAAUGAUUUGUGAAUCAAAACUAAAAGGUCAGUUGUUUUGCAAUAUAUAAUUCAAAAAAUGCUAGAAAUAUUUUCUCCCAUUUUAACUAACCAGCCCUCACAAUAACUUGUCUUCAUUGUUUCUGGACUUAAAAUGUCUACCAACUUACCUUAAAUUAAGUAUUUUUAAGAGAGACCACAAUUAACACUCAUGCCCCAGAGGUGAUUAAAUGGUAGAUGUGAAGCUCAUUCCCAUCCUGGUUUCAGACAGAAAUGAGAAGAUGAGAGAACUUUCUAGCUACCAUAAGGACAGUUUUCAUUACCUCCUCAGGGUCAGGGGUUAUACAGUGUGCACUUCUAUUGUAAUUUAUUCUGUGAGAAUCACAAUUCUACUUUGCAUUAAUAAACUCUGGAAGACAACUGAUAGCCAUUGCUGUGUUUUGCUAAUAAUCUAUUUAAGCAUCAUCCAAAGUAGUGGCCUAAAAAAUGCCUUUGGCCAAAAAAUUCUUGUCAAAGGCUGAAUGUGAUUUAUAUGGUGAAACAAUGUAUUUAUUAGGUAAAACAAAUAAAUCAGUAAGCUUUAA